AUGAUCCGGGCGCUCCUUCAGGACUGCCAUCUUCGACUGCGGAAAUACAAAGGGGUUCUGAGCCAAGCGAUCGCUAAAUGCACUGAACUCAUCGGCGAAGACGGAACUAUGCUGUUGAAACAGGAGAUUGAUAAACGCACCAGGGAACUACGAGCAAAACGAGAUAUCGAGCUGGCAGAUAAGCUUCGAAAUAUCAGCCGCACGUUUCAGGAGGAGAACGACGCCCUAGUCCACAAUCUAUCCUCCAAAGAGCUGACUCCUGAACAACUAAAAGUGCUGAGUCACGAGGCCUGCUUCAAUACCACUGACGCCGAUCCGGUCAAUCUCGUGGCAACAGUGGAAUCGAUUCUCAAACAAACCGAGGAAUCCGACGAAACAAAACACCUCGUUCGGCAACAGGUAACCGCCUUGGUGAUGGCCCACAAACCACGCGCAAAUAUCACCAGAACGGAACAGGAUGCCCUCAAGAAACUGAGGGCCGACACGAGCAUUGUGGUACUGCCAGCAGACAAAGGGCGUUCUACAGUUGUCUUGGACAAGACCGACUACAUUCAGAAGACUAACAACCUGCUGGAUGAUCGACAGGCCUACCUCCGAUGUGAUGAUGAGCCGAUGAGGAAGCUGCUGACGCAGCUGGACAAAACGUUCGCUGAAAUGCAAACGAACAAAGUAAUAAGCAAGUCAGUACGACUGGCCGUUAAACCAACAGAUGCAGCCGCACCAAGGUUCUACGGACUACCCAAAGUGCACAAGGUCGAUGUCCCCCUCCGACUAAUCGUGUCACUUCGCGGCGCGCCAACAUUCAAUCUGGCUAAAUGGCUGUUCCGACACCUGAGGCCUCUCACCUCAGGCGCAACCACAACGGUCUGUUCAGCUACUCAGUUUCUGGAACGGCUCAGAGGAACGCGACUCACUGCAGACGAGGUCAUGGUGUCAUUUGACGUCACCUCUCUCUUCACUUCAAUCCCGCAGGACCUGGCCAUCGGAACGGUCAGCGAAUUACUCGAGAGGCAGUAUGACGAGACGGACAAGCCAGUGAAAUGCAGACAUCUAGUCCAACUAUUAAAAUUCUGCCUGAAGACGUACUUCACCUUCGAGGGGACCAUGUACGAACAAAUUAAGGGGACGCCGAUGGGAUCGCCACUCUCCGGCUUCAUCGCUGAGGCAGUUCUGCAAAAACUAGAGAGCCUGGUUUUCACCACUCACAGGCCAAAGUUUUGGACUCGUUACGUCGACGACACCUUCGUCAUCAUCAAGCGAGAAACGAUCGAGGAAUUUCACAUCGUCCUGAAUUCCGUCUUUCCUGACAUCCAAUUCACGAUGGAGGCGGAAAACAACAACCAGCUGCCGUUUCUGGACGUUUUUGUCCAUCGAAAGCCCAACGGGCACAUAAAAACGACGGUGUACAGGAAGGCUACCAACACACGCCAAAUCCUAAACUAUCACAGUAAACACCCGUUAUGUCACAAACGCAGCUGUGUGCGAACUCUCUACAGUAGAGCAGAAAAACACUGCAGCGAACCGGAUGACAGAAGGACAGAACUCCGCUAUCUUCAGCGCCUUUUCAUGGUCAACGGAUAUCCCCGUAACUUCAUCGAGCGCAGCAGGCAGUCUAAACCAGGCCAAAAUCGGGUGACAGAACAGCCAAAAGUCUGGCGUGCACUGCCAUACAUCGACGGCGUCUCUGAGGCAGUUUCCCGCCUCCUAAGGCCCUUGGGGAUCGGGAUCGCUCAUCGACCAGACUCAACCAUUCGGCAUUUGGUUAUGAGACCGAAGGCCCCCUUGCCACGAGGUGAGACGACAAACGUCAUCUACCGGGUCCAGUGUAACUCUUGCCAAGCAAACUACGUCGGAGAGACAGGCAAACGGUUACAAACUCGCGUUAACGAACACAUGCGGGCAGUGAGGAGAAUGGACCCAUUGUCUCUGGUGGCGGAACACUGCGCGGACUCUGGACACACUUUUGCCUUCCAGAACGCCAAAAUUCUGGGUCGAGGCAACGACCGCGUAGCCAGGGAAACGAUCGAGGCCUGGCACACGGAAACAACCUCAAUAAACCGUUGUGUCGCCCUCCCGACAGCAUACCAAGCCCUCCGGACGCAGCUCAACGAACUAAAGGGCAAGCGCGAGGUCAGGCCGGACGUGGAUCCAAACACUGGAGAACCUACGACGGACCUACACGUAGCCACACCGCAAAUCGGGCCCGACGAAGGCGCAGUCAUCAAUACUGUUGCCUCAACUACUACUCCGGCAGACGGGGAGAAACGCGGUCAGAGGGAUGCAAUCAAGACUAGCAACCCAGCACGACAAUUAAGGUCAACGCGAAUGCGGGCGAUGGCCACCAACGUUCAAAUGCCGCCCCCGACGAGAGACAGGCAGAUUGACAGCAGUCACCCUCCUUCCCGCUCUGCCCCGGCGACUACAGAGACGAUCCCUGUGCGUAUGCGGGCCAUUAGCGCCAAAGCCGAUUAA